AAUUUUCUUUCCUAUUUUAGGGACAAAUGAACUUGAUUGCAGUCUGAUUAUGGAUUCUGGAGAUACUGCUUAUACAGAAUUUGACUUUGAAGACCAGGAGGAGGAUCAGUCAAGUUUUUCUGGUUAUGAAAGCACGGGAGAUUUUUCAGAAGACUUGAAGAAAUCAAACAUCUUUUUUAUAGUCGGUGGCCCUGGGUCUGGCAAAAGCAGCCAGUGUGAACAGUUAGCCAAGAAAUAUGGAUUUACUCAUCUGUCUGCUGCUGACCUCCUCCAAAAUGAGUUAUCAUCACUAUCAGAGAGAAGUAAAUUUAUCAAAGACAUCAUGGAAUGUGGUGAACCUGUGCCUGGAGGUAUUGUCCUAGAGCUACUGAAAGAAGCCAUGAUCACCAGUUUAGAAGACACAAAAGGAUUUCUGAUUGAUGGUUAUCCCCGUGAGCUGAAAGAAGCAGAAGAGUUUGAGAGCAAGAUUGGGGAACCAAAACUCGUGUUCUGUCUGGACUGCUCUGCAGAAAGCAUGAAUAGUCGCUCUUUGAUGAGAAAUCAGACCAGUCAGCACUCCAAUGCUGAAACCAUCAAGGAAGGAAUUGAAGGCUAUUACCAAGCAGCAAAACCUCUGACUGCAUACUAUGAGAGAAAAACACAGUUAUGCAAGGUUGAUGCAGAAGGAACAGCAGAGGAUGUUUUUCUGGAAGUCUGCAAGUCAAUUGACUCUUUUCUGAACAAGGAAGCAGCAGCAUUUUCAACAGAAACACAGUAGUGGUGUGUACACUACAUGUGCACAUGGCAGCCAUGAAUAAAGUGCUCCUCAAAGCAGUAUUGCUUUUUUGGGAGGUAUCUGGAAUUUAUGCAUGUGGUAUGUUAUUUUGGAUGAAAUCUCCUCUGUUCAGACAACACACUUAAUAGAAAGCAGCCUGUAUGCUAACUUGCACUAAGAACCGUACAUUUCAUUGGUUGUUUGCUCUUCAUGGGCUAAAAGCAGCAUGGUAAAUA